CCUAUUUGUGCGGUCAAAUGCUCACACCAAGCUGGCGCCAUGGGUUUGGUCAACAGUUCUUCCAAGCCGCUGGCCGCAAACUUUGGAGAAGAAGAAGCCGUCGGUAGAAGAGGACCAACUCUCGGCAGUGUCUUGAUCGAGGGCAAUGAGGCUGGCACCUACAAGCUUGUGGUGGUGACACCUUUGAAGAUUCAGGUGUACGAUGCACACACGGCCAAACUCCUGGAAUUGCAGGACUCGGUCACCUCUGCCCUGAGGACCCAUUUGCCAAUGACCAGCUUCUCCUUGGAGGCAGAUUCCUCAUCUUCUUCACGGCGUAUGGCAGUUGGUUGCCAGGACGGUGCUGUUCUGAUCUUCAGCCUGGAGGGUGGCGGUGUGCAUCCUCGCAGGCAAUUGCAGAUUGAGGAGGAGGAAGACUUGAGCGGAAAGAAGCCCGGCCCAUUGGCUAGAAGCGUUCUCGCGCUCCAUCUUCACAAAGAUUACCUUUUCGCUGGGACCUCUUCUCGGUGUCUUUGUUGGAACCUUGCUGAUGGUGACCUCCGACGGGAGUUCCAUUUGCCCAGUUCGGAUCAGCCAGUGGCUGCCAGCUCAUUGGUGGUAGUGCCCCAGGACUCGGGCUUGCAGCUGUGGACUGGGUUGGAUGUGGGCUCAGUGGCUGUUUUUGAGCUGGAAACAGGGAUGCUCGUGCGGAGUCUUCCAUGUGGCGAAGAGAUGGUCGUUGCCUUGGCCUUCUGCGAGAAGACUUCGGCCGUGUUUGCCUUGUCGGCCCACAAGCGCGUCACCAUUUGGGACACAGACUCCUUCAGCUGCUUACAGAAGUACCCUGCGGAGUUGAUGACGUGUGGUGCUGAUCUCAGCGCCAUGGGUGCAUUUGACAUCCCCAGCAUCAGCAUGUCGCUCUUGGUGCUGGCGGGGGUGGAUGGAUCUUUGUGCUUGCGACGCAUCACACGAAGGGAAGACAGGAAGCUGAACUGUAUCUUGCUUUGGUAUCUGGGAGCUGAGACCGGCUGCCCUGCCACCGCCCUCGACUUUCACAAAGCAAGUGAGACCAUCCUUUUGGGUGAUGCAGGCUGCCGGGUGCAGCUGCACUGCAUCAAGGAGCAAGUCUCCGGCGCAGAUGCGAUUCCACCACGGAAAGUCACAAAUCAACCCAACGAGGAGUCAGAAGGACCGGAAAGCACCACCAUAGACAUAGGCGAGGACGUGGGCGAACCUCCGCUGCCUGCGCCGGAGAACCCACCGUCUCCCAGUCAGGUCAGCCCAAGUGCCACGGACGCUCAGAAGGAGGCAAGUGCUGGAUACUCUGCGUCUGAUGCAGCUGCGUUUCCCGUCUUUAAUGGCGAAAAUGUUUGAAGAGUCAGGGACCGAGCAUCGCAAACGUCGAUACCCUGAAGACAUGUCCUCGACAAACACCAAAG